GUUGCCCGAAAUCUGAAUCUCAUUGCUCGAAGUGGCCAGGCUAUAGCCCUUGUGGGAGCAUCAGGCUGUGGAAAGAGUACCGUGAUUCAGCUUCUUGAGAGAUUUUACGAGCCGGACAGUGGAAAUAUUAAAAUCGAUAACAACGAUUUGAAGCGGUUGUGUCGGGUUCAUCUUCGCAACAACAUCGCUCUCGUGGGCCAAGAACCUGUCCUUUUCAAGGGGUCGAUAAUUGAAAACAUCACGCUUGGACUGGAUGGUGUUAGUGUGUCUGAAGUACAGGAGGCCUGUAGGCAGGCUAAUGCGGCCAACUUUGUUGAGGCUUUCCCUCUGGGAUACGAGACGGAUGUCGGCGAGAAAGGAGGUAGCCUCUCAGGUGGACAGAAGCAGCGUAUUGCUAUAGCCAGAGCGUUGAUUCGUAAGCCGAAGAUCAUUCUGUUGGAUGAAGCCACAAGUGCGCUCGAUACCGAAAGUGAAAAGGUACUAGCCUUGUGCAACGCGCUGAACGAAGCGAGCCAUGGAAGGACGUCUGUGACAAUUGCACACCGAUUGAGCACUGUGAGAGACGUUGAUAGGAUAUACUACAUUGAAAAUGGUGCGGUUGUUGAAUACGGGACACACGAAGAGCUCAUUGAUGCCGAUGGCAAAUAUGCCCUGUUGGUAAAAGGCACAACAGCUGGCCAGAGCUGA